AUGCAGACCUUCUGCGUGGCAGCCGCAGCGCUCCUAGCUGCAGCGCCAGUUGCUGUCCUAGCUACUCCCGCCGCCAAUGCCAUGCCGGCACCAACAGCUGCUCCCCGCCCGCGAGAAGUCGAAGUUGCACUCGAAAAGCGUAUCGCAUCUUGCACGUACAGCGGAAGCGAGUAUUCGACUGCUAUCAAGUCCAAGACUUCUUGCGAUUGGAUCGUGCUUGCGGACCUUGCUAUCCCGGCGGGUGAGACGCUUGAUAUGACUGGGUUGAAGGAUAAUACUGUGAUUGUUUUCUCCGGGAACACGACUUUCGGUUAUAAGGAGUGGGAGGGUCCGCUGUUUUCCGUUAGCGGUACAGGUAUCAAGGUCACUGGUCUUGAUGGCUCGGCUCUGGAUGGAAAUGGAGCUUCCUACUGGGAUGGUGGCGGUGGUGACUCUGGAAAGACCAAGCCCAAGUUCUUCUCAGCCCACAAAAUCACCAAUGGUGCUAUAGAAAACCUGAAUAUCGUCAACCCGCCCGUUCAGGUCUUCAGUAUCAACAAAGUCACCAACACCACGUUCACAAACAUCACCAUUGAUUCCAAGGCUGGUGAUGCUAAUGCUAAGAAUACUGAUGGGUUUGAUAUUGGUGAUUCGGAUGGGAUUACGAUCACCAACGCAACAGUCUAUAACCAAGACGACUGCGUAGCCAUCAACUCCGGCACAAACAUCACUUUUACCGGCGGGCUCUGCUCCGGUGGUCAUGGACUCUCGAUCGGAUCUGUUGGUGGACGGGAUAAUAAUGUCGUUGAUGGCGUACAGUUCCUUCAUUCGACUGUCACCAAGUCCGUUCAGGCUAUCCGUGUCAAGGGCAAGACCAACACAACUGGAACCAUCAAUGCCGUUACUUAUAACGACAUCACCAUGUCUUCUAUUUCCAAAUACGGCAUCUUGAUUGAGCAGAACUACAACGGUGGGGAUUUGAAGGGCACCGCCACAUCCGACGUCCCCAUCACCAAUCUUACCAUCAGCAACAUCGCCGGCACCGACGCAGUUAAAUCCUCCGGCAACAACGUCGUCAUAACCUGCGGCUCGGAGACCUCUUGUACCGCGUGGACUUGGACUAACGUCACUGUUACUGGUGGCAAGUUGUACAAGAAAUGCACGAAUGUGCCGAGUGUGACUGUUUGCUCUUAG